CUACACAGUACUUGUCGGCCUUGGCGCUUCCAGGAACGGGACGUCGAUCGUUCGAGAUCCCGUCCAUCAUCGCACCUCGGUCAUCUCCAGAACCUGGAUAUUUCCCAACUUUCGUCGGGCGCUCCAGCCCAUCACCUACGGCUGUGGCAGCGUGGACAUCAUGAAGCAAGAGCAGGCCAUAGCCCCUACUCCCGCCGAGGCCUCCGAUCUCUCGAGUGCUCCGGCCCCUGCCCCUCUGCCGGCUGAUGGGCCUGAUGGGCACGACGAUACUCUGGGUGGAUUGGAGAGCGAGUCGCACCAGGCAGUACCGGAACACAACAUGCACGAACACAACGGCUACCAUGACCAACCUCAGGUUCAGUCACAGCCUGCCGAUCCCAGCAGCAUAAACAGCUCGGCUCCUACCCAAUACCCAGCCGAUAACGUGGACGGCGAACUGACAGCUCGAUACGCUACGCCGCCAGUCUCCGCGCCCGCGAUAUCCCGUCCUCCAUCCGGCCUCUCGGGACAGGGUACGGCUUAUGGCGCGGAUCAGGCGUCAAGGGCGGGCAGCAAUGGGCCACAGACUGAGGCGCAAAAUCCUGGGCGCAACCAUGUGGUGAUCAAGGUCGGCAUGGUGGGUGAUGCUCAGAUCGGGAAAACAAGUCUGAUGGUGAAGUAUGUCGAAGGGAGCUGGGAUGAAGAUUACAUUCAGACCCUGGGCGUCAACUUCAUGGAAAAAACGAUCAGCAUUCGGAACACCGAAAUCACCUUCAGCAUCUGGGAUCUGGGCGGCCAGCGCGAGUUCGUUAACAUGCUUCCGCUGGUGUGCAACGACGCGGUGGCCAUUUUGUUCAUGUUUGACCUUACCCGGAAGAGCACGUUGAACAGCAUCAAGGAGUGGUAUCGCCAGGGACGGGGCUUCAACAAGACGGCUAUCCCCGUUCUUGUGGGGACAAAGUACGAUCAUUUCGUCAACCUGUCGCGCGAGGAGCAAGAAGAAAUUUCAAACCAGGCUCGGCGGUUUGCAAAAGCGAUGCGCGCAUCACUGAUCUUCAGCAGUACCAGCCACAGCAUCAACGUACAAAAGAUCUUCAAGAUCGUGCUCUCCAAGGCCUUUGACCUGAAAUGCACCAUUCCCGAAAUCACCAAUGUUGGGGAACCGCUGCUUAUUUACCAAUCCUGCUGACGUCUGUUUGGCCACCGUGGACCAAUAAUGAGGAUUUUGCCGCGUUGCCAAGGGAACCCACAGCAGGACACCCCUGCGGUUUCCUCAGAGCGAGGAGCUCCGAACAUCCAGGCAAACUCAACCACCGACACUACCAAAUCGAGUCGGACGAGGCAUUUUCACACAGGGUCAGACAGAUCCGAUUAUCACUGCCAACCCUAGGAAGGAUUUAGAGAAUCGUUCGAGACUCAUCUCUCGUUAUGUUUUUUUCCCUUUGUAACUAUGCGAAACGGCAGAGAUGGACAAGACCCAGCUGUUGGGGAGGGAGAGAGGGACGGCAUGCAUUGCCACAAGCACUGGGCGUGGCGCGGCUGGGAGUUGCGACUUGAAAAUACUUCGUACAUCCUCCCGAGGUCGAGGGAGAGCAAUGGAGGGCCACAUUACCGGCAUGUGGACACACUGGGUUCUCCAAUGUAUUGGUCAUCCAGCGUGGAGGUAGACAGAGGGUUGUUUUGUCCUUGUCUGUAUUCCGCAGUUCUAAUGGAAAUCUUUAAACGUCUC